AUGGUAGACAUGCGAAUAGAUGAUUCCACGGUUACUCCCACUAGGGAAGAAGUCAAGGACAUGAUUUUGACAUCUAGUUCAGAGACAGCUUUGAACAAUUCAAGCGUACAAGCUCUUGGCUGUGGAAACAAUUGGUUGAAUGGCAUUAAAUGGCCGCCUGAACAGCACACAAAGACUACGAGUGACCGAAGAGAAGAUACUACCUUCAACGAUUUAAAGCUUAAUCCCUCCUUAGUUACUCACGGUGGAAGGGUACUGAAAAAACCUGCACGUUAUAUGGAAUCCGACUCGGACGAGGGAGCUAGUGCGCGAAGGAAGUUUCCUUCGGUGAAGAAAAGAAAGCGUCUGCUCUCUGAUUCUUCGCGUCCAAAAUGUAAAAAUGGUAGAACAAAGUCUCUGGAGAAAGAUUCUUCUGAUCUAUUUUCGAAUCAUAGAUUAAAACUCCUGUCCUUUAAGCGGCAAAACGGCGAAAGUUUAGACUUGAAGAACUCGUUGGACCUCAGAUCGACGCUUGGCGUGGUGAGUUCUUUGUCAACAUCUCCUUCUCGCACUCAGCCAGGUGAAUCUGUUUGCGUGAAAAGCACGACAAGUGAGCUGCAAACGGAGUCAGAGAGUUCAAAUUCCUUUGAGACACCUUUAAAACGCAAAAGAGGUAGACCUCCGAAAAAUCUAACACAAUCUUUAGAUAAAUUACAUUCAGUUGACAUUCGUUCGAAUUCGCCACAUGGCAAUUGUGAAACAAGUGCCACGAAAGCAUCUCUCGCGUCACCUUCAACUUCAAAAUUUGGUAAGAAAAGAAAACGGCCGAAAGGCAUACGCUAUUUGCAGGAGAGUUGUUUGUCGUCGAGCAGCGACGAGAAUGAAAAAGCGCCGUCAACUCCCAGGAGAAGGGGUCGACCACCGAAGAAAUUGUCGAGUUGCGAAACAAAACACAAAAUAUUCAGGACACCGAAUGGCGUUAAAAAACCUAGGGUGCGGCCGCAUUUGAAAGCUGUUGACAAACUUUCGUUCAUGAAACCUUCUAAGAAAUCGCUGGACUUAAUGCUACCUUCACCGGAAACGUUCGUGACCGGGGUAAACUCAAAGUUUGUUGGGGUUAAUGGCUGCAGGAUCCUCUCGUCUGGGAAGGAGGUUAAACGCAAACGUGGCCGUCCACCAAAGCCGAAACCCGAGCUUUCUUUUGAAUCAGACAAUAUUCUAAGUGAUGCGUUUCAUUUUACUGGAGAAGACGAACAGAGCGAUGGUUCUCCGACAUUGAAACGUAAGUUGAAGAAGUUGAAAUUUCAAAAAAAGCACGACAAAAGACCUCUUGGAACUUGUGCUCUGAAGAAGAGAGAUGCUACGGAAAAACUCAAACGUAAGGUCUUGAAUAAAGCCAGAAAAAAUCUUCAAGUAAGAGCUCAACUUAAUGUGUCACAAUCUGAUUGUGAGCCAUUGAUGGAAACUAAACAAAGUUCUGAAAAUGUCCACAAACGUAGAAGAAGAAACAAAGCUGACAGAAUACUUGGAAUGAGAAGAAAUCUCUCUGGGACAUAUGAGUAUCUAGUUCAGUGGAAAGAUGGAACAAGUUCAUGGGCUCCAUCAGAUGAACUCUCUGAUUAUGAACUAGACUUUAAAUGUUUUCUUGGGCAUGACUACCAAGACAUGACAGUUGUAAACAGACUAGCAUACAAAGCAUAUUGGAAGGAAGACUUGAUCAAAUACCAUAGGAACCAACAUGAGAUUGACAGAUUGAUUGCAACUGAUGAUGUGCACUCAGGGCAAGUCGGCUCAGGAGAGCAUUACUUAGAUGGACAAAUUGAUGAUUCUGAUCCUUGUCAAAAACAUUACAUCUGUAAAGAGGUAUCAGUGCAAAAACUCCAUGAUUGUGUUCAUGUAACUAUCAGCCGGUCGUCCAGCAAGAGAAGCAAAAUCAAUCAAAGAAUUGUGGACUCGCUCACUCUUGUCAUGGAGGAUGCUGCUGUAGAUGAGUCACAAUUUGUUAUUAUUAGUGGCUUAGGAGAAGAGACUUUCUGUGGGGUCAAUCUCAAAGAUUUGACACAAGUUCCAUGCGAGGAAGAGCCAAGACAUUACAGAAGAGAUGUGGAUAAAGUCAGGUAUGUUAGAUACCUUUACUAUAGCUUGUAAUUUGAAGCUGUAGACCCGAGGAUUUGCAAUGGUAUAAUCUAAGCAAAAUCCUCAUAUGGUUUUUCCACUUUCACCUGAAAAUACCUUAUACCUGCAGAAUUUUUGAUGUUCAAAGCAUGUGAAAGCAUUCUGCUGAUGUUGUCCUAUCCACAAAGUUUUAUUACAUGCUUUUCAAUUGUUUGUUGAAAUCUAAAUAUCAAAAUCCUUGACUUGUGCUCAUGCUUGAUGACCUCAACAGUAAAAAACUAAAAAUUUUCAAAUGUGAAUUCCUGUGGAGCUCAUGAGUUAAAAGGUGGAUCACACAUGCUUAUUUAAGUAAUCCUUUGGCAUGUACAUUGGGUAAGGUUUUUGCAACAAGGUUAUAAUUAUAUCUUUCAAAUGCUAAUCAGCUCAUGUAAAUAGCCACAUAAAAGGUAUCCAGAGCUUCUCACAUAAAAAUUAUCCAAACUUUAACUCGUAAACAAUUUCAGUUACUGCAGCAACUGAUUUUGUUAAUGUAGAAAUAAGGUUACACUACCUUCACUCCCAAGAUUUUAUUAGUAAUUCUCCUUCCUGUCUGCUCUACAAUUCUCAGGAUUCUUACAAUUUUUUGAUUUGGAGAAUUUGGGUAUUGGAUCGUAUAGUAAUCGCCUAAUUGGUAUUUCUCUUUAUCUCUUUAUUUUUCUGCAUGGAUUUUGUCUUGAUAUUGUAAUGAGAAAUUUAUCUUGGUCAUUUAUGAGAAUAGAAGGGUUGAAAGCAACAUAAGUACUUUACUCCAGCAACAUAAAGUUGUUUGAAAGAGGUUGUCCACAAUUAUCAACAUUAUGGCUUUGCCUCCAUGUGAAGAUCUCGAAAAGUAAUCUGGACAUCUGACAAUAAACGAUUAAAUUCAUCAAACAGUUGCCUUGUCCUUAUAGUGACAUUUUCUCUUUUUGUCCUGAAAUCCCAAAAUCAAGGAUUGGUGACCUAAAAACUACCCACCAUAUCUUUUGGGGUUGUCUGGUGUACUUAAAUGUUUUUUUUUUGGUUUUUUUUUUUGACAACCUUUUUCAAAACAGCCCUAUACAAAUGGACCUGUCUGAGUUCCCUAUGUUGCCAUGGUGACAAGAUCAAAUUCAUAUACAUAUUACUACUAGCAUGUGAUUUUGUCAGCCUCAUUUAGUUUUGACAGAAGUUAUAGGUGCCUGUGAUAUCCUCUUGAGGAUAGCAGCAUAGAGGUGUUAAUUAAGGCAAAUUCAAGAUAAUUGGGUUUUAUCUACGGAUUGAGUUGGUAAUGUGAAUUGGCCACUGUGAAGCAAUUCUAAAGCUGACUCUAUAGUUGUAAUCCCUUCAUCAUAGUCUGUUCUGGAUUAAACAAAACUUCAAGACAAAGAGUUUAGGGUUUGCAGGAAUUCAACAAAAACUGAAUAAAAGGAUUAAGUUUCUAAUGAAAGAAACUGUGAUGCUGUAUCAAUGUGGGGUUUUACAAGAUGAUUUGGUCCUAUCAGCCAAGUUAAUUAUAUGAAUUGGCCACUGUAAAGAGAUUCUAAAGGUGAUGUUUCUAGCAAUUGUAUUUCAUCAGAGCAAAUUGUUGUUGCUAAUAUGUUGGUUAUGUUUUAUCCUGUUAUAGAUAUUUGGUACAGGUGCUAAUCGACUUUCCCAAGCCAGUGGUUGCAGCUAUCAAGAAGCCAGCCUUAGGAUUGGGUGCAAUGCUUGUUUCUCUUUGUGAUUUGGUUUGUGAUGAGGUGGGUGGGUAAACAAGGGUAUUGUUGUUUUGCAUUACAAUCCUUAGGAUGUACAUUAUUGAAAUACUGAAAUACAUGUAACAAGUAAAUGUUUAAUGAUGAUGGUGAUUAUCUCUGUUUGUUGGUUCUAAUGUUUUCACUGAAUAUUUUUUCUGGGCUCUCCAAGUUUCUGCCCCCCACUGACAAAAGCAGAUCAAACUGCCAUUUAUUCUUGAAACAGUCAGCAAAGAGCUACACUGUAGAUGUGCAGUUGGGAAAAUUAGAUUGAUUAUUAAUUUUUCAACUUAAUUUCCUGUUUUGCAGGAUUCCCUUGGUGAGCCAGUUGCUCUUCAGAAUGUAUCCAAGGGACGUGUCCCUUACAGUUUUGCAAAGCUUAUGGGACAUACUUUAAUAAAUGAACAAAUCCUGAUUGGGCACAAAGUACCCACUUCUCAACUUGAUUGUCUGCAUUCAGCAUCUGAAGUCUUCAAUCACGCACGCUACACAAAAACAGUUUCAGCCUCACUCAAAGCUAUGAGUCACCCCAAUGGAAUGUCUUAUGAUGACUGUUUGCAGACACACUGUGGUGCAGACUCGCUCUCAGAACUGGAACAACAGCUUCUAGAGGAAGAGAAGAAGGCAAGGAAUGAAUGCAUUGACAACAUGAAAGCUUUUUGGAAAGAGGUACAUUCUCCACUUGACGUCUAGGGACAGCCUCAUUUAUGUUAAGUUAUUGGGCAAAGUUUUCGUGUGGUCCUUACUUUGGUGAUAUAAUAUAGAAACUUGUUAAGUUGUUAGGAUUUCACUGAUGCAUGUUGUAAGUGUUCUUGAUACUUGCUGCUGUAUUGUUUUCAUUUGCAUGUGUUAGUGUGCUAUGCUGGCAAAAAAAAAAAUCGAUAAUCCACCCAUAACUUUUGCAACUUUUUCAUACCACUCUGAAGCAAAUAAAAACCUAUAUCUGCAAAAUUCUUUCUCAGUGUGUGUUGAAUAUUUUUUACCCAAAUUACCACAUCAAGUGUCUCAAAAACCUUUUUGCAAGACUGUAUUUCCACAACCAAGAAGGCAAAAACUAUAUUAGUUUUUGACUUUGCUUUUGCAACAUCCAUCAAAGUAGAAAUUUUGAUGUUGUGUUUCGUAAAAAGGCUAGCUUGUAAAUUUAGUGAUAUACCACAGAGCCAUUGUAGAAAUUAGAAUGACAUGUCUUAUGAAAACAAUGUGUUGAGUAUUUGUAUAUUUAAAAUUUUUUCUGGAAAGUCAAAGGGGAUGUCAUUUUGCUUCAUGCAUUAUGUUAGUAGAAGUUGCUAAGCAAAAUAUGGAAAUAAGCAUUUGUCGCAUAGCGUUGCAUAGCAAAGAACAUGUAUUGUCUACCACUCCAACUCUACUGUCAACUCUCUCUAAACCAGAUAUGCUGUUCAUCCUUGAAAAAGAAAAAAAUUAAAUGGGGUAUUGCACUAUUGAUGUUUCAAGUCAGAUUGUACUGUAAGCUCAAUUUGCAAUAUCUAGAACUGAAAACAAUAAGGAGAAUUUUAAGUUGUGGUAUAUAUUUUGAGGUAGAUUUCUUUAUGUCCUAAUUACCACAAAUUGGAAUGUUAAUUGUUAGUUUUUCUGAAGGGGAGAAAACAAGUGUACAAGGACCACAUCCAACAAAAAACUUAAAACCCACGUGGCAAAAGGUCUGGGAAUUAAACCUGGGACACAAGUGUGGAAGUCAAGUUGUCUCACGACAGCUUCCCAUUGUACAUGCAAAGCAAGAAAAGUACUCUCCUGCAGGUGUUUGUUAUAACCUGUGGAACAGAUGCCUCACAGUGAACCCUCCCCUCCCUCCCUCCCUCCCUCCCCCCCUCCAGCAACUGUGUCGAAUUAGAGAGGG